UAAACGAGACCAUUUUUUCAACGAAUGCGUACCCUGAGAAAAUUACUUUUUUACUCUGUGAAAAAAAUCUCGUUGACAAUUUGAGACUCCUGCACGAGGAUUGUUGCAAAACAUAUGUGAAUAAAAUUGUUGAGGAAGAUAAAUGAAAAGGUAUAUGUAUAAUUCAUGAAGGUACUGCACUACACAGCUAUGAGCAAAAUGGUGAAAAUGGAGAGUUCUUGCUCAAUGUUACAAUGUGUAAUCAACUCUGAAAAAAAUGGAAAAGAAAACUGAUAAAUUGAUUCUGAAUGGUUGUGAUGGUAUAAACUUCGGAAUGUACAAUUCCAUGAUGAGGACGAGGAAGAAAACGAGAAUGGAGAAGCAGACAUGAUGAGGAUGGCAUGGUGGUUGGCAUUUCCACCACACAAAAAAAAGAUUUAAGUUUGAUCUCAUCAGUAAUAAGGAAGUAGCAAUAACCAAAGCUGCUUAUAAAUCUGGUCGAACAGAUACAACAGAAGAUAUAACAUUUCAAAAAGUACCAUUUGGAAGAUGAAAGAGAGAAAGGUCCUCGAUUUUACUCACAAUAGAUUCUGUCUGUUAGAAAAUCUAUACAGGUUCGACCUUCUGUGAACAGAUAUGCGACAGUAGACCAUAAUUUUCCUACAGAAAUCCGUACAAUGCUUAUAACUGUUAGAUUGAGCCAAUACAUGAGGAAUUCAAGUAGUCUUUCAAUUAUUUCUUCGUAUCUGCUGUUUUCUAACACGUAGUUUCGGUGCAGGUUUUCACAGCGCGUUCCUUUUUUUCGAUUAAAAAAUGAAAUCCAACGGAUCUCAGAAGUGCGUGGCCGCUUUGUCGUGCUUGGGAAUAGUGGUGCUGUUCGCCAUUCUGGCCGUGGUUUGGGUGCAGUUCUAUCAGGGUUCCUUCAGCACCUCCCAGUCGGGCAGAAAGAUGGGAGGCAGAAGAGAUGACCCCAUCAACUAUACGGUCUCUGCGCAGGUUGGGGAAGCCAGGAACAGACCUAGAUUGAAAGAACAUCGAGGAAACUCCUACCUGGAACAUUUAGGAUUAGAUUCCAACGUAGAAUACGUGAAACCCAUGAAAAUCAGUCCACUGCCUUUGCAUAAUCAUGACAUUAUUUUCAACGAGAUGUACAAUUAUAGCGAUGAGCCUCUCCUCAUUUACCAUACGGGCCAUUUCCGUAACAACAUGGCCGAAGUAUGGGACCCCCAUCCCCACUACGAGAUAUCAGCGUUCGGGAAAAAGUUCGUCCUGCAGUUGGCCCACGAUAACGAUUUCAUGAUUCCCAGUUUACACGUAAGCAACGUCGAUGAUAACUAUUCCCACAAGAAGCCAGAAGAUACAGGUCUACACGGUUGCUACUAUUCCGGGAAUGUACAGGGCGAUACAGAAUCCGACGUCGUCGUGUCACUCUGCAACGGAAUGACGGGAUACAUAAGGACCUCGGACGGCAUCUUCUACAUCGAACCGGUGGAGUACAUAAACGGCACCCUGAACAGCUUCCUGCAUCGCAUCAAGAUGGUCCCCCAUCGUUCCCCGAGCGAGAAGAACGAAGUGAUGCCCUCCGCGGACGACGGUCACAAGUGCGGGACCAACGUAUCUGAGGAGAAUAGCGACAACGAAGUGACUGAAGAAUUUCCAAUAGCCCUAGAUCUCCACAAUCCGAUUCGUAGUAACAUAGUUAAACGUAGCACUGCCAUAUAUUCCAGUACAAGAAACGAAAGUGUUCAUGUCAGGAGGAAGAGGGAAGAGGAAGACGACUACAUCAUGUUGGAAGGAGAUGAAGAGAACGAAGAAAACGAACCGUCGCAGUAUUUCGUAAAAGUUCUUGUCGUUGCCGACAGGUCAAUGAUAGAAUAUUACGGGAAUGAGCUACACCAUUACAUUCUGACUCUCAUGGCACAGACUGCACGUUUGUUCAAGCAUCCUAGCAUAGGAAACGCCAUCUCUGUGUCAGUAAUCGAGAUAAAGAUCUUGAAGAAACAGGAUUUUCAAGCACCAUCAUCCCAAGGUACCUUGGCCAAAUUUUGCAGGUGGAGGAUCGCCAACACUGCCCAUACAAACCACGAUGUAGCUCUCUUAUUGACAAGGCAAGAAUGGCAGGAGGGUGUUACUGUAGGGGUGGCCAGAGUGGGGUCGAUGUGUUCAACCGAAAGUUGCGCUGUGGCCGUGGACAAGGGACUGCCUACCACGUAUACCAUAGCCCACGAGAUAGGUCACACCCUCAAUAUGCCGCACGAUACGAAUGACAAGGGAACUUGCAAUAACCACAACAAAGGGGAGAGCGAGAAGUACAUCAUGACACAUUCGUUGGAGAAGGAUAUAAAGCCCUGGAUGUGGUCCCCUUGCUCCAGGAAUUUCGUCACGGAGUUCUUGAGAUCGAAGAGAGCCAAAUGCCUAUUGAAACAUCCAACGACCAACUACUUAUCCACGGAACUUGCAGAUGUCCCACCGGGCGAAAGGUAUGGGGUGAAAGAGCAGUGCAUGUACGAAUUCAGCAGGGAUUCCACCCACUGCUUCCCACCAAAUGAGCUUCCCUGUUUGCACCUUUGGUGCACCGACGACAUCAAUACGGGGUGCGCAACGAACCACAUGCCUUGGGCGGACGGAACGCACUGCGGCGACGGGAUGUGGUGCCACAACAGGGAAUGCGUUCCGAAGAGGAACGAUUUAAAACCGAUCAAUGGCGGUUGGGGCUUAUGGUCAGAAUGGAGCGAGUGCAGCAGGACCUGCGGCGGGGGUGUCAAGACGUCUCAGAGGUUAUGCAACAACCCCAUUCCGGAAAACGGUGGGGAUUAUUGCAUAGGGCACAAUAUCCGGUAUGCCUCUUGCAGUAUCCAGCAAUGCCCUGACGAUAAAGAUUUUAGGACAGUCCAGUGCGGUAAAAACGACGGGAACAACUUCAACAUGUCAAAUGUCCCUAGAGACGUCAAGUGGCUUCCGAAGUACGGACUAGCGAAGGAGGAUCAGUGCAAGCUGUAUUGCAGGCCCCAGGGCUCCAGGAACUACCGGCUGAUCAACCAGAAGGUGGUGGAUGGUACCAAGUGCGGCUUCAAGAGCUUCGGCAUAUGCGUCGACGGAAAAUGCAGACAAGGCGGCUGCGACAACAGGUUGCACUCCAAGUUGAAGCUCGAUGAUUGUGGCGUUUGCGGAGGGGAUAAUAGUCAGUGUGAAGAGAUUUCCGGAAGUUACAACAUCACAGCCUCAUCGACUGGGUACAUCGGUAUUCUAACCUUUCCCAGAGGUAGUUCAAAUCUGAUCGUCAAGCAAAAAGAUAAAGAAAACACCAAACUCGUCACUUAUCUCGCGCUCGUGGAUGGAGAAACCAAAAAAUACAUCCUGAGUGGAAAAAACGUGGUCACGCCACAGGAGAAGGAAAUUCCGUUCGGUGGUACCAUAAUAUCCUACUCCGGUUCUGGCAGCAGGAUCGAGACGAUCACCACCCCUAAAAACGACAUCCUGUCCAAACCCCUGAUACUGGAAAUCCUCACCACCAACACCAUCAAUCCACCUGACGUCACCUACAGAUACAUCAUCAACAAAGAGAACGCACCUAGUUCAAUGCGGCACAACACAGAAAUAAGAACUUUGGCAAAGACCACAGUUCGCCCACUUAGGUACUCUUGGAGGUUAUACCAGAAGGAAUGGUCGGAAUGUAGCGCAAUAUGCGGUGGCUCUCAGUCGAUGAGACCCGUCUGCAUCGAACUGGGAAAUAACGAACAAGUGGUGGACGAUUAUUUUUGCGCCAAUCUAGACGCCCACGGAAUGGUCCAGAAGUGCAACGACCACUGCCGACUGAUAUGGCAUCAGGCGAGGAAGGGAGAAUGCUCAUCCAAGUGUGGUCGAGGGGUGAGAAAGCUGGAUUACCACUGUCUGAAGAUCGAGAACGAGAGGGAAACGUACGGUUUCUUCAAGAUUAUCACGGCGGAUAUUCAGAGCGAGAUCGUGGACGAUAGUUAUUGUAGCAUGUUGCCUCCUCCACAAACGACCGAGCCUUGUGUUGGGACCUGCAACGCUAUGUGGCUUUUCGGCGCUUGGUCACAGUGUUCUCAAAGCUGCGGAGGGGGUAUCCAGACCAGGACAGCCCAAUGCGUGGAUUUGAACAACAACGCGCCGAUAGACGAGGAAAACUGUAAGGAGAUAGAGAAAAUCACGAAGAGGGAAUGCAAGAACAACGAUUGCCCCAGGUGGUACGCCACUGAUUGGAGCCAGUGCUCCGUGUCCUGCGGACGCGGCUACAAGACCAGAGGCGUGACCUGCAAAGCUGGCGAGGAACACUACAAGGAGCACUUCUGCAACCAGCACGCCAAACCGAUGGAGACGGUCGAGUGCGAGAUGAGACAGUGCGUCCAGUGGUCCACCGCCGAAUGGUCGGCCUGCUCGGCCACCUGCGGCAACGGCGUUCAGACGAGGGAGGUGUUCUGCGAGUCCAAGGACGAGAACAGGGUCAUGGACCUGAGCUACUGCUCGGACCUGGCGAAACCCGAGGCCACCAGGGUGUGCCACGCGGAGAAAUGCCCUAAACCUGCACCGGCGUCCAGUAGGCGUUUGUCCUAUCCAGGAGAGGGAAGACAGAGCAACAAUCACGUCGAGGCGGUGGAGAGCAGAUGGUUGGCUGGGCCUUGGAGUCAGUGUUCGAAGACUUGCGGCGGCGGCUACAGCGAAAGGAGGGUGGUGUGCAGAGGUGACAACGAUUCCUGCGACCCCAGGAAGAGGCCGGUAUCGAGGACCAACUGCAACACCUUCAGGUGCCCCCAAUGGCGGUUGGGAGAUUGGUCUGGCUGCGAUGAGAACUGCGAGAGGCAUCGCUUGGUGGAGUGCAGGGACGAUUCCGGUGCUAGGGUUCCGCAGGGCCAGUGCGGUUUCAAGGAGCGCCCGAGCGAGUCGGCGAAAUGCAGGUUGUCCCAGUGCCCCCAUCUGUCGAACAACGUGCCGAGGCAGUACUUCGAUUCCAGCGAGGAUGGCAGCGGUAGAUACAGGUGGAAAGUGGGGAAGUGGAAGGAGUGCUCGAGCUCUUGCGGCAAGGGGAUGCGCUACAGGAACGUCACGUGCGAGGACAAGCUGAACGACAUCAUCCUCGUAGAUCAAUAUUGCAAAAGUUCGAAACCGAAAACCAGCAAACCUUGCGAACGCUUUAACUGCUCGUUCACCUGGAUAGAGAGCGACUGGUCACCAUGUUCGGCCAAAUGCGGCAACGGUUUCAAGACUCGCAACGUCACCUGUCACAAGGUGUACCACGGAGGUCUGAUAGACCCCAACCCGAUGCCGGAGUCGAGGUACAAAAGGUACAGGAGGAACCACUGCGACAUGUACAGCAAACCCCUGGACACGAUGAGGUGCAAGGAGAGCAACUGUGGGGAUCAUUUCGUAUGGAGGACCGGUCCGUGGAGACAGUGUUCGCAUAAAUGCGGAAGAAAAGGAAGGCAAAUUCGUCAAAUAUCCUGUUACAAUACGAGGACUGGAGAUAAGACAGCCAAAAGGUUAUGUCCGAGGAGUUUCAGGCCUAAAAGGAAGAGAAAGUGCAAUCAAUGGAGAUGUGCGCAUAAGAGUUGUGCAGAUGCCAAAUACAACCUGAGAACGAGGGAAAACAAAGAUUAUAUUUUGGACCUGAACGGUAAGAUGGCUGUGGUUUACUGUUUCAAGAUGGAUACACAGACACCGGAGGAAUACAUAAGUUUCACGAACGACCUACAAAAUUACGCAGAAAUAUAUCAUAAAAGGUUGAUCGACCUGAAUACUUGCCCAGAUGGCGGAAGAGACGACAACUGCCACUGCGCGGACGUGAGCCCAGAAAGAUCGGGACUGACCAGGUUCUACAAGGUCAGACUGGACAUAAGGACGAUGAGGAUCAUAGGUGACGAUUUCACGUUCGUCAGACAAGAGAGGGGAAGGCGCAUCCCUUACGGCACUGCUGGGGACUGCUACAGCAAGGUCGAAGGUUGCGGACAGGGUAGAUUCUCCAUCGACUUGACCGGUACCUCCUUCAGACUGACCGGCGACGUAGGGUGGGUGGGAAAUAUCACGAAAAUCCACAGGACGGAUAGGACUGCCAAUGGUAAGUGCGGAGGUUUUUGCGGAGAUUGUAUGCCUGACCUAGCCACGGGUCUACACGUUGAGGUGACGUAGCAAUGACCGAAUAUCAGUGUUGAGGUUGAUCGCCUAACAUAACUAUUCACGUUUGAAGAGGAGCCAAGUUUCCGAUGAAAUUUUAGCGGGUGGAUGGAGAGACGAGAAGAAGGGAUGCUUAAAUUGUGUCCACUAUCGAUAGAUAUGUUAGAAAACCUUUGAGUUAGUCAAGCACAAGACUCGAAUAUCUUUGUAUUAUAUACUACUGCCCAGUAUUUUUAGUUUUAGAAGAACAAUUGUAUUUAUUUUUUCAAUCGAUGUUAACAAGAGUUCACGCUUGAAUAUUGUGGAUUGCCUCGAUAGCACCAGGUGCAUUUUUAAAAUAUAUAAUUUUUCUCGUUAAAAGUUUCACCUUCAAGACUUGUUCAUCAUCUGGCUUCGAAAAAAUUUUACAUGCACCGUGAAUGUGUUUCUUGUCUAGUUGCCAUAAGAAUAAUUUUGUGCCUUUACUCUCUGAGAUAUUCAGUUGAACUGCCCUAUUAUUAAUUACUGGACUACACUGCUAAGCUUGAAAAUUGUACAUUCUCCCUUACGUGUGUGAUAUUCAGUUCAGACCAAGUUACUGAGAAUUUUUUUUUCCUUUUUCGAAAACUGAAUAGUUAUCCGCCUCAUAUUGAGGUAUUUUGUGACAAUUUAUUAUUAUUUUAUUUGCUUUGAAUGUACCACCACUAGAUUGUAUUUAUGUGUAGCGAUAUUGAACAAUCCGAAACUGUAUUUAGAUCGUUGAGUGAACUUGUUCAAUUUGAUUGCCAAGUUUGUAAUUUCCUUCAAAUAUCAAUAUCGAUUAAAAUAUUUAAUCAAAAUUACUUUUAUCCGGGAAAAUAUCAGGAACGGAGUAUGUUUAAAGGACAAGUUUAUGAAAUCACUGCCUUCUAAGUCAUAAUACGAUAGUUCGUUUCAGAAUACAGUGAAAUGUAAGUGAAGUUUUCGUAUUUCUGAGUUUCAAAUUCGAAUAAGACUGUUUUUAAAAUUAAUUUCAAUACUCAUUACCCGAUAGAAUUUAGAAUAAUGUGAAAUUCCAAAUUCAUUGAUUAUUUAUUUCAUUUGUAAUUUUAUAAUGACAAAUCAAGAGAAUGUUGAGUCGACGCUAUAUGUAGGUAAUGUAAAUAUAUCUUUUAUAAAUGUUAUAAAAAUAAAGAACCCAGAAAGCA